AUGUCUGGUUUGAGCGGUUUUGACAGUGAAGCUAUAGGUUUCGACUCCGUUACUUUGAACAGAGCUGAUGAAAUGGACUCUUCAACCCAAACUACGGACUUUUAUGAGAAUGGUGUCGGUUCUCAAACUGCUCUGUCACACGACGCUGGUUCUCUUGCCACGCCCGAGGAACUUAACGCUCAGGACGAGAUCCUCAAGGAAUACCCCCCUCCAGGUUUAAAUGAAUUUCUCAGAAAAGUUGUCCCGUCGAUGCUUGAACAACUAGACCAAAACGACAAGGAAUUAUUGUACAAUUCGUCAGAUUCUGAUGAAGAGGAGGUUUUAAACGCUAAACUUUUUCAAGAGAUUAAGUUAACGGACCUCCCAGGUAUAGGAGGGGGGGAUGAGUCCAAGUCGGUCCUAGAUUUAUGCUGGAGUAAUGCUGGUAAUUCUUUAGCUGUGUCUAUUGGUCGUAACCAGCAUGAAAAUUGGUGUAACGAUGACGGUUUAAUACGAAUUUUUACUGUGAAACGAACGGCAGGCGAUACAUUUGUCAGGAGUUUAGAUGUUACUGAAAAGAGUUGUAUCUCUGUGGUCAAGUAUCAUCCCGCGGUAUCAGCACUGCUGGCUUACGGGACGAUAUCUGGAGAAGUAGUUCUGUGCAAUUUGAGGAACUUGGAUGCAGAUUUGUUGAGUUCUCCAGGAGGAUCUCAUGGAUCGAAACGGGUUACCGGCCUACAAUGGGCCGAUGCACCGCUAGCAAACACUUUUUUGACCAUGCAAAUUAUCAACACAGGCAAAAGACGCAGCGCCACAGAUAACAUAUUAAUAUCAUCAGGCAGUGAUGGUAGUGUCAACGUAUGGCAAGUGAAUGGGAAUUUGAAAAUCAAAGUUUUUGAAAACGUUAUAUCUUACUUGAUAAAUGGCUCACGCAAGAUGGCGGCGAUUGACAUCAGCUGUUUCGAUUUUAUUAAAACUUAUCCUUUACGGCCCAGCGAUCAAAAGGUCCCUGAUGAUAUAUUUGUAGUCGGUUCGAGUACUGGGAGUCUGUACUUAUGUAAGACGAAGACCUAUCAGCAGGUAGUUGACAGUAAGAUGGUGGAUCCUGUGUACGAAGUCUUGGAUGGGCACCGCACAUGCAUUGUAGAUGUCGCUUUUAGCAUCCAUAAGCCGGGAGUGUUUAUUUCAGCGUCUAUAGACUCGGAGGUUAGAGUCUAUGAUGUCAAUCAGACAAGUCCUCUAAAGGUAAUUUGUCUGGACGUCUCAAUCUCCUGCAUGGCAUGGCUGCCAAACAACCCGUAUGUGGUCGUACUGGGUGUAGCAAGGCCUUCAGGACAGCUCAUCAAGUUGUACAAUGUGAACAGUGGGCGGCCCAUACCAGUGGACGGUUUGACAGGACCUGGUGGAAGUGUCACUGCUAUAACUGUCAACCAGAGUGGGGUGUGUCGCAUCGCAGCCGGUGACGCGGACAGUAAUGUUCGCAUUUGGGAGGUCCCAUCACGUCGCAUUAAGUUCACAGCUGAUGACCUUGACUAUUAA